CUGACACAUACAGAGAGAGAGAGAGAGACACACACACACACACAUACUAAAUCACACAGGCACACACACACACACUCACUCACACUGACGUAGUUGUUUUGUGAUGAACAGGUGUCCUCCUGUCUCACAAACCUUCAGUAAUGCUCAUACUUAUCUUGAUCCAACUGUGGACUUAGGAGGAAAGGAAGGAGAGAUGGAAGACAAGAGAGAGACACACCACUCAAAGGAUCAGGAGAAGAAGAAUGGGAUAGAGAAAGAGAGCGAGAUCAACAAUCUCACUGUUUAGGAGGCGAGAAAGAGAGAAACAGGGAAAAGUGAGAUAGACAGUGUAUCCAGGCAUGUGGAGAGACAGACUGACUAGAGGACUGACUCUGCGCCUGUGUCUUCUCCUCACCGCUCUCUGUGUCUGUCUACAUGUUUACCUGGAACUGGGGGAAAGGAGGGGGGCACCUUCGCCCCUCACCUUGGGACGUCCCACACAGACCAGCCAGGUGCUACUGGACAGCGGGGAAAGGAAACUGGGGGCCGCAGACCCCACGGAGAGCCGGGUUGGGGACAGAGCUGUGAAGAGAAGGGUGUCCUACGUACGCACGCCGAAGAAGGACUCUGUAGCAGGGAAGACAGUGGGCGGGGAGGACCCCUCCACAUGCUGCCCACCUCUACGCCCGAACAGAAAGUCUGCCAGGUGGCACAUAGAGCUGGAGCCGUGGGCCAGUGACAGCCACUCCCUGGAGGAGGAAGCACGGAGGUUCCUCAGCUACAUCACUACACCACAGGUGUUUUGUGCCCCCCCUUCCCCAGAGAGCCCCGUGGUACAGGGAGGUCAGGAGGGGCCAGAGGGGCGCUGGGCAGUGUGUCUGGACAGCAGGUACAGCCUGGCACAACGGAUACACAUCCAACACUGCCGGGUCUACUCUCUGGGGUUGGGUAUGGAGGAUAAGACUGUGGAGCGCUCUCUGGCCAGGGCGGGCUGUGAGGUGCACUGUUUUGACCCCAGCCUUAGGCAGGCCCACCUACAGGAGUCAGACAUGUGGCUCCAUCGUCUCUCCGUAGACUGGAGGGACCCCAACCCAGCCAUCCCCGCCCAACGACAGCACAGCAACACCAAGAAACUGGCCACCAUUCUCAAUGACUUUGGACACAGACAGGUGGAUGUUCUGAAGGCAGACAUGGAGAGUGCGGAGUGGAAGAUUCUAGAGAACCUGGUUUUAGAAGGGGUUCUGAGCUCUGUGGGUCAGCUACUACUAGAAAUCCACCUCCACUGGGCGGGCUUCGAGGUGGGCGGGGACGACCCAUCUGUGGUGCGCUAUUGGUUCAGCCUACUGAAGGAGCUGGAGCGUGCUCACUUCCGCCUCUUCCAUUACCACAGCGACCCAGCAAAGCCCCGCCUCUUCCUGCACCGGAACAUUCUGAACGCCACCAGUGCCUAUACACUGGGCUGGGUCAAUACCCAGUGGAGGCCCUGAGAGCUGACUGACUGAUGGACAGGGCUCUGGCCAAUGAGAAGGGGAGAUCUGGGAAAUAUAGUUCAGCUACGAUGGGAAAGUCAAUCCCAUGGGAUGUUUUACUUUGGAUAUUUAUUUCUGACCAAUACCAGAUUCAUCACGCUAACCAAAGUACUGUACUCCAGAAAAGGAUUGUCUCAAUCUAUGGAGGUUAAUGUAACAUUUUGUGAGCUAUACUGUACUCCUAACAAGCUCCUAUCAUUUCAGCAUUUUCAAUCACUACUCCCCUACCCUUCCCUGAUAUGACCUUAGACAUGGUGAGGUAAUUGCCUCGAGGGCCCAAAGUCCAUCUGUCGGUCAGAGCUGCUUUAAAGUGGCUGUGUUGGCUGGAGGUCAGCCGGCAAGCAUUGCGGCAGCCAUUUCUGUCAUCAUGGCCUCAUCUGGGCUUGGCCCUGAGCCAGCCACCCCUAACAGAUGCAUCCACCCCCUCCUGGAGAAUUAUCCUCAGAGGCAUGGGUAAUGAAUAGUGAGGUAAGACCACAGCCAAAACUAAUAGCCACAAUUUGUCCUCAGGAUCUUCUGCAUUAAAAAGAGUACAUAGGGCUGGGAAAGUAGCUGUCAGACUGAGGCUGAGCACGCCUCAUUUAGCCCAGGGAUGAGUUUCUGUGGGAGGCUACUUACGAGGCGGGGGGGCUGGAGGUAGUUAAGGUAAAGGCUCAAACGCUUGCCUGGGAGGACAGUCAAUAUACCUCGUGAAGAGAGACAAAGACAUGAACGUCUACCCAGAGAAUGACCAUACCUGGGUUUCAACAGACACACCUACUCAUUCAAGGGUUUAUUUUUAUUUUGACUAUUUUAUACAUUGUAGAAUAAUAGUGAAGAUAUCAAAACUAUGAAAUAACACAUAUGGAAUCAUGUAGUAACCAAAAAAUGUGUUUUAUAUUCUUCAAAGUAGCCACCCGUUUGCUUUGAUGACAGCUUUGCACACUCUUGGCAUUCUCUAACAGCUUCAGUACUCACCUGAAAAGCUUUUCCAACUGUCUUGAAGGAGCUCCCACAUAUGCUGAGCACUUGUUGGCUGCUUUUCCUUCAAUCCGUGGUCCAACUCAUCUCAAACCAUCUC